UGUGGCGAUUCGCAGGCAGUUUAUGAGGCCCGUUUCAGAGUGCUAAUAUAUAAUUUGGUAAGGGAUUAAAAACACGGGGUUCGCUGUGGAGAUUCGCCGCCAUACCCUCGCACGCCAAGCCUAUCGACCACCUUGCUGCAAAGCAUUCACAUAUUUGACGGCGUUUAAGCUGUCUUUUCAUUUCCGAGUUCGUCGGUUGCUCCUCGACAUUUAACGUUCGACUUUGGAAGUGAAAAUGGGCGUCUCAACUAUCAUGGGAGAGCUCGUGCACCCAGAGGAAUCCCUAUCCAUUCUGCUUGCCCCACCGGACACUCAGGCGGCCGCGAUGCCAGAGCACGUGGAGUUGUACACUGACUCAGGGCGCGUACCUUCAAAAAUUGAUCCACCAGUCGGAGUACUGUAUGAAGACGAAGAUCAUUGUCAGGGAUCUGGACCAAAGCUCUGUGUGGCGUUCGUCGGAAUGGGAUCGCAACAUCCAGCCAUGGGUCGUCAGCUCGCGGAAAACUACCCUCCAUUCCUUGUUUCCAUAAAGGAAAACGAUAGGAUCCUAAUGGAGGUAUAUGGCCAGCCAUCAUUAUUGGAGCGCACAGGCCUCUUCAUUCCGGGCGCUGAGUGCUCCCUGAACGUCAGUGGUACCUGGUCGUUAAAUGAUGUCAUUCUAUCAUUUGUAUACGUACAAAUCUCCUUGUGGGAUCUCAUUCGAGAUUUGGGGUUCAAAGCAGAUUUCGUUAUUGGCACAAGUAUAGGGGAGAUAGUAAUGGGAUACGCGGCAGGCCAUUACGAUAGAUCAACCACGAUCGGCAUUGCCGUGGCCUUCGCUACUACCAUGUCUGAAGUCGAGGGAAACGGCGCCACCAUCUUUGUCGCGGUCAGUCCACGACAAGCACGGCUCAUCAUCGAUGACGUGCUGCUUCAAUCAGGGGCGACAUCCGGCCUCUGGAUUUCAUCCUUUCAUUCUCCACACGCCGUUGCCAUCGCCGGCACCCAUACCCUCAUAGACGCCUUACUUGCUUUCCUGAGCAACUCUGAGACCUUUUCAGAUACGUUUGCAUUGAGGCUCCCUCAGGUCGGGUGUGCAUUCCACACACCAUUGAUGGAACCAAUCGAGGCGCCGUUCAAGGCAGCACUGGAUAAUCUAGACCUGAACCAGAAGUCGGGUGGGGGGACACACGAAGUGCGAGUAAUGUCCACCAUUGACGGUACUUGGCUCAAUAGGCCGCUUGAUAGCGACUACUUCUGGGACAAUGUUCUUCGCCCAACGAAAUUCGGUGACAUCGUGCAGAAGCUCGUUCACGACGAGGGCGAGAAUACCGUUGUCCUGGAAAUUGCUGCUCACCCAGCAAUGAAAACCUGCGUAGAACAAUGUGGAGCUCGUUAUGUUGGGUUGAUCCGACGCCCUGCCUCGGACUCCUUGGUCGAUGAAUCAAAUGAAUGUAUUCAGCUUCUUGAGGCGGUUCAGCAUCUUUAUGAUGCUGGGUUCAAGAGCACGCUUCCGCUAGGGGCGCUUGAACAAGCCCUUCGACUCCUUCAUGCCGGUAGAUAGACUACGUGAUUCGUUGUAGAUAUGAUGAUCCGGCCUACCAUACUUUUUGGCGACACUGAUAUAGCCACCUCUUAGAUGAAAGAUCUUCGAGAGGUGUGGCGUCCAAGUAUCUUCUAGAUUAUAAGGCAAACCCGCUAAUGCUGGACAUAUUUAUGCUCGGGUCCACCUAAUGUACAUCCAUAGUUUGAAGUAGGAAUAUUCUUCUAGAUUUGCGUAGAAUGUGUUGAUUCCGCAAUUCAAUGCAUCCAAGAUCCGUGGAAGGGUCCAAGGCUACUAUAGAC